AUGAUUACAGAGUUGGUUUGCAGCGCUGUGGCUUUGGUCCUCUAUAUGAACACACUCAACGCGGAUUUUUGCUACGAUGACAGCCGUGCGAUUAAGACCAAUCAGGACCUGCUCCCGGAGACGCCGUGGAUCAACAUCUUGUAUGACGAUUUUUGGGGAACACUCCUCACACACAGCGGUAGCCACAAAUCUUUCCGUCCGCUCUGCACCCUCUCCUUCCGCCUCAACUAUGCCCUGGGCGCUCUGAAUCCCUGGGGUUACCAUCUGGUCAACGUUGCCCUCCACUGUGCGGUCACUGGCCUGUUCACUGCACUGUGCCGGCCGCUGUUGGGCGGGGCACCAUGGGGCCUCACUGCGGGGCUCCUGUUUGCCUCCCACCCGGUUCACACCGAGGCGGUGGCUGGGGUCGUGGGACGUGCCGACGUGGGCGCGGCCUUGCUCUUCCUCCUCUCGCUGCUCUGCUAUGCCCAACACUGCCAUCUGAGAGCCGACGGUGGCUGUUCGACACGUGGGCGGACGCAGGGCGGGGCCUGGGCGUGGCUGGCUGGGAGUUUAGUCUCAGCUGCGGGCGCCAUGCUGUGGAAAGAACAGGGCGUGACGGUGUUGGCUGUGUCUGCGGUGUACGACCUCUUCAUCUUCCACCGUCUGGGCUUACGGCAGGCCCUCGUUCUCCUGGCGAAGAGGAAGAACAGUAGGCUACUGGUUAGCCUGACUCUCUUAACCAGCUGGGGAGUCUUUCUGCUGGCUGCCAGAAUUUACUGGAUGGGCAGUAAGCCUCCCAACUUCUCCAACUCGGACAACCCUGCAGCUGACUCUCCGCAACUCCUCACCAGAAUUCUCACCUUCCUUUACCUGCCUGCUGCCAAUCUCUGGCUGCUCCUCUGCCCUGACCAGCUCAGCUUUGAUUGGUCCAUGGAUGCUCUUCCUCUGCUUAGAACCAUCUUUGAUUGGAGAAACUUCCACACGGUUACAUUCUAUACUGGGUUUGUGCUCUUGGCAGGUUUUGGUAGCCGAAGCCCAUCGUCAUUCCCCAUCAAAGAGACAAACGGGAAGCUCCAUGUGGCCAAUGGGAAGUCCCUGACAAAUGGGAACAGUCACCAUCUCCUUGACAACAACCACCAACAUGUUGACCAGGACUUGCCAAAAAGCACUCAGAAUGGUUCCACCAAACCUCACCCUCAUGACCCUACGGUGUUUCUUCCGGCCACAGAGAAUGUGGUGGUCUUUUCACUUGGGCUCAUGGCCUUACCCUUCCUCCCAGCCACCAACCUGUUCUUCUAUGUGGGCUUUGUGCUGGCAGAGAGGGUCCUUUACAUCCCCAGCAUGGGCUUCUGUCUGCUAGUGACAGUGGGCGUCAGGGCCUUGUGCACGCGGUUCCGAUUGAGGAGCUCCAGGACUGUGCUUCUUGGGUGUACAGCAGGGCUGGUCUUGCUCUACAGUCUGAAAACUGUGCUGAGAAACAGGGACUGGCAGAGUGAAGAGGCACUUUAUAAGUCUGGCAUUGCAGUCAACCCUGCCAAAGCUUGGGGUAACCUUGGCAAUGUCCUUAAGAACCAGGGGAAGAUGGAGGAAGCGGAGCAGGCGUACAGAAAUGCCCUCUAUUACCGCAGCAACAUGGCUGACAUGCUUUACAACCUCGGUCUCCUUUUACAGGAGAGUGAACGGUUUACUGAGGCUCUGCACUACUACAGAUUGGCCAUCAACAGCCGACCAACUCUGGCCUCUGCCUACCUGAACACGGGCAUCGUUCUCACAGCCCAGGGGAAUGUGGAGGAGGCCAAGCGUGCGUUCAUCACCUGCGCAGACAUCCCCGAUGAAAACCUGAAGGACCCCCAUGCUCACAAGACCUCUGUCACCAGCUGCCUUUACAACCUGGGCAAGCUGCUUCAUGAGCAGGGCCAGCAGGAGGAGGCACUUUCAGUGUUCAAAGAGGCUGUACAGAAAAUGCCUCGCCAAUUUGCUGCCCAGAGUCUGUACAACAUGAUGGGAGAAGCCUACAUGAGACUGAAUAAGUUGGAGGAAGCAGGGCACUGGUACAGGGAGUCUUUGAGGGCCAAACCAGACCACAUCCCUGCUCACCUCACCUACGGAAAGCUGCUGUCAAUCAUGGGCCAGAGGGCUGAAGCUGAGCAGUACUUUCUCCGAGCCAUUAAGCUUGACCCCAGCAAAGGAAACUGCUACAUGUACUAUGGUCAGUUUCUGUUGGAACAGUCUCGUGUGGAUGAAGCAGCUGUGAUGGCAGAGAAAGCUGCACAGCUGGACAGCUCAGAGUUCGAUGUGGUGUUCAGUGCCGCUCACAUGCUCAGGCAGGCCAGUCUUACAGAGGCAGCUGAGAGGUACUACGUGCGCGCGGCAGGUCUCAGACCAGAUUACCCUGCCGCUCUGAUGAAUCUGGGCGCCAUCCUUCACCUGAACGGUAAACUGCAUGAAGCUGAGGUGAACUACCUCCGUGCCCUGCAGCUCAAACCAGACGACCUCAUCACUCAGUCCAAUCUGCGCAAGCUCUGGAACAUUAUGCAAAGACAGGGCCUGAGGACCAUGGAGUCCUGA